AUGAGUGUAGAUACCGGCAACGUCAUCCUGGAAGUUGAAGACCUCCAUACAUAUUUCUUUAACCGGGGGUCAACGGUAAAGGCAGUUGACGGGGUUAGUUUCUUCCUUCGGGAGGGAGAAACCCUGGGAAUUGUGGGAGAGUCUGGAUGCGGCAAAACCAUGACCGCUUUGUCUCUGCUCAGGUUGGUGCCUCAACCGGCUGGCAAAAUAGUAAGCGGUGAAAUCAGGUUGAACGGAGAAGACAUACUGCAGAAGAGCGAUGAUGAGAUGCGCCAGAUCAGGGGUCGGCAAAUCUCGAUGAUACUGCAAGAUCCGCAGACUUCUCUCAACCCGGUAUUUACCAUCGGCAACCAGUUGAUGGAAGCCUUGGGAAUGGCUCGCCGGGAAGGACGGAAGAAUAUGAUCACCAGGGCAGUGGAUGCCCUGCGGAAUGUAAACGUGGCGGCCCCCGAGCGGCGUUUGGAAGAUUUUCCUCACCAGAUGAGCGGCGGCAUGAAGCAGAGGGUCGUUGGCGCUAUCGCUCUUUCCUGUGAGCCUGGCGUGAUCAUAGCCGACGAGCCCACAACUGCUCUAGACGUUACCAUUCAGCUUCAAUAUUUGAGGCUCUUGAAAGACAUUCAGGCAGAAACAGGUUUGGCAAUCAUCUUUAUUACCCAUGACUUCGGCGUUGUCGCCCGCAUGUGCGACCGGGUUGCGGUGAUGUACGCUGGCAGAGUUGUGGAGAAUGGGCCGGUGCGCGAGAUCUUUAACGAGCCUUCCCAUCCCUAUACCAGGGCUCUAAUAGAUUCGGUGCCUAAACUGGAAGAACGCACCGCACGCCUUUAUUCCAUCGAAGGUCAACCGCCGGGAAGGACAUACCGCCGACUGCUGGAGGAUGGACGAAUCAUGGUAACGACGAGCAACGGGAACCCCCUGAUUCAGGUCAAUGGUCUUAAGAAGUAUUUUCCGGUUACCAAAGGCUUGAUCCUGAUGAAGACCAUCGGCUACGUUCAGGCGGUGGACAGCAUAAGUUUCUCCAUAAAUCAAGGGGAAACGCUGGGCUUGGUAGGGGAAUCGGGCUGCGGCAAGACCACUACCAGCAAGUUGUUGUUGCGACUAGAAACACCGACGGACGGGGAAAUCCUGCUGGACGGCAAGAAUAUCCAAAAUUUCCGCGGUUCAGAGUUGCAGGACUACCGGACAACAGUACAAGCAGUAUUUCAGGAUCCCUGGUCUUCGCUGAGUCCCCGAAUGCGCGUGCGGGACAUUGUAGCUGAGCCCUUGGUAGUAAACCGACAGGUGAGCCACCAGGAACGGGACGAUCGCGUGGCUGAGGUCAUGUCCCAGGUUGGACUGCACGCAGAGCAGGCCAACAACUAUCCCCACGAAUUCAGCGGCGGUCAACGUCAGAGAAUCGCGGUAGCCAGCGCUUUGGCUUCAUAUCCAAAGAUGAUAGUGCUGGAUGAGCCCGUUUCGGCGCUGGACGUGUCCAUUCGCGCCCAGAUAAUGAACCUGCUGGUCGACCUCCAGGCAGAGUACAACGUCAGCUACUUGUUGAUUGCCCAUAAUCUGGCGACAGUGCGUUACAUGGCCCACCAGACGGCGGUGAUGUAUCUGGGACAGAUCGUUGAGUAUGCGGAGACCGAGGAACUCUACCAGAAUCCCCUGCAUCCCUAUACCAAGGCACUGUUCUCGGCGGCGUUGCCCUCACACCCCGAUUUGGUUCGGGAGGAGAUCGUGUUGACUGGUGAAGUGCCUUCGCCGAUCAACCCGCCUUCCGGUUGCAGGUUCCACCCAAGAUGCCCCUUCGCCAUGGACCAGUGUUCCGUGGACAUUCCCGUGGACAAGGAAGUGGCGCCGGGACACCGAGUGUCGUGCCACCUCUACUGA